CGCCAGGCCAUAUACCUCAGCCAUCACUCGAGAUACCUUGUUCGCAGAUUCCCCAUGGCUCCAGAACAGAAGAAGCGGGCUAGGCCCGUGUCAAAAGCAAGUCAGCGGUCCAAAAAACGCCAGAAAAUCGAGCCUGUCAAGAAUGGCACUGCAAAGGUUGGGAAAAGAGCAGUAGCAUUGGAUGCGCUGCCAUGGAACGAGGUCGAAAUGCCUGAUAUGUUUGAGGAUGCCGAAGGAUUUUUUGGUCUCGAAGAGGUAGAGGGCGUUGAAGUAAUUCGGGAAGGAGAUACUGUCAAAUUUGUGACAGCAGUGACGCAAAUGGCCGAUGAUGAGGAUGAAUUCAAGGGUUUCGGUGAUGGUGAUUUGGCACCAAAAGCGGCAGAAGCUCAGCCAGACAUCCCGGAUCUAGCGAAACCGGUGAAGGAGAAGAAGACCAAGAAAGAGAAAGCCAAGAAGCAAGAGACGAAAGAAGAAAAAUCCAAGCCUCUCGACCUUGAAACCAAUGUAUUCAAAGCUCUCGAAGAAGAUGCUGCCGAGGAGGGAACCGACGUCUCCGCAUGGGAAGAUUUGGACCUCUCUCCCGAUACACUUUCUGCGUUGUCGAAGAUGGGCUUUGUGAAACCAACGCCUAUACAAUCUGCUGCCAUUCCGGAAAUCCUGGCAGGACAUGAUGUUGUAGGGAAAGCUUCCACAGGAUCUGGGAAAACACUAGCAUUCGGAAUUCCUAUACUUGAGAGCUGGAUUGAGGCUUACGGGGAGUUAGCUGAAGAUGAGGAGGAAGAUUCGCGGCCUCCCACGGCAUUAAUUUUGUCGCCUACUAGGGAAUUAGCUCACCAAUUGACAGGGCAUAUCACGGCUCUAUGCAAAGGGCUUUCCAAUGCUCCUUAUGUAGCAGCUGUCACUGGUGGAUUGUCAGUCCAAAAGCAGCAGCGUCAACUUGCAAAAGCGGAUAUUGUUAUUGGCACACCGGGACGUCUUUGGGAGGUCAUGAGUGGGAGCAGAGAGUUGACAGCUUCCUUGAGGGAAAUUAAAUUUUUGGUCAUCGAUGAGGCAGAUAGACUUUUGACUGAAGGGCAUUUCAAAGAAGCCGAGGAGAUUUUGGGUGCCCUGGACCGACAAGAGGACCCCGAUGAAGACGAGGUAGAAAAGCUUUCCUCUCGACAAACUUUGGUAUUCUCGGCCACUUUCCACAAAGGGUUGCAGCAGAAGUUGGUGGGAAAGGGGAAGCAGGGUCUAAUAGACGAAAGCGAAUCUAUGGAGUAUCUCCUCAAGAAGCUCAACUUCCGUGAGGACAAUCCAAAAUUCGUUGAUGUCAAUCCAAUAUCACAAAUGGCAGAGAAAUUGAAAGAAGGCAUGGUUGAAUGUGCAGGGACUGAAAAGGAUCUGUACUUAUAUGCUCUCCUUCUUUAUCAUCCGAAUCAACGGACCUUAAUCUUCACAAAUUCGAUUCAUUCUGUCCGGCGUCUCACUCCUAUGCUUCAGAACCUCAACCUUCCAGCACAUGCGCUGCAUUCCCAGAUGGCUCAAAAGGCUCGAAUGCGGUCCAUUGAGCGUUUCUCAUCGCCAAAGGCGACUGGAUCGAUCCUUGUUGCUACCGAUGUUGCCGCCCGAGGUCUCGACAUUGGAGGUGUACAUUUGGUGAUACACUACCAUCUGCCUCGAGCGGCAGAUAUGUAUGUGCAUCGAUCAGGACGAACAGCUCGAGCAGAGGCUUCUGGUACCAGCAUUUUAAUAUGUGCUCCCGAAGAGGUUGUUGGAAUGCGCAGACUUGUUGCCAAGGUUCAUGCACAGAACGCUAUUGCUGGAGGAGGCAACAAAUCUAAGUAUUACAUGAGAUCAUUGGAUAUGGACCGCAAAGUUGUCGCACGAUUAAAGCCGAGGGUAACGUUAGCAAAGAAGAUUGCGGACAGUACUUUGGCGAAGGAGAAAAAGGGACAUGAUGAUGAUUGGGUGAAGAACGCAGCUGAGGAGCUUGGUGUUGAUUAUGACAGCGAGGAGUUUGAGGCUUUAGGUGGAGGAAGGAAAGGAAGGGGAACGGGGAGGAAAUUGAAGGAGAAAGAGGCAAGAGCGCUGACCAAGGGAGAGUUGGGUGCAUUGCGUGGCGAGCUGAAGAGUUUGUUGGCGCAACGUGUCAAUGUAGGAGUGAGUGAAAGAUACUUGACAGCUGGUACGGUUGAUAUUAAUGAGCUGUUGAAAGGAGCCAAGGGAGAUUUUCUUGGGAAGGUUGACGGCAUUGGUAUGGACGACACAUAGUCGAUACAGAAAACAUCAAAGGCUCUCCUUACAAUAAAAUGCAUCGUGACGGC